GAGAAGUAGAGAGAUCUUCAUUUCAUCAGUGGCUUUAGUAUGUGACGGAGCCGUAAAACCUGAAUGCGUAAGGAAAACGAUCCAAAAAAACAACCACUGAUCAGUCCGUGACAUUCGCCUCCUCCUUCUAGUUUAUUUUUCGUCCUGGCAUGCCGAUGUUUGCGUCCAUCGUUGGAGGAGCCCCUUCCCCUUCGAUGGCGGCUUGGGCAUCGGAAGAAUCGGUGGUUGCACACGGCACCCAGACCCCCAUUACCACCUCGUCGCCUCCGUCCAUGACUAGGAAUUACCCCUUUCCCGGCGCCCCGCCCAGCCUAAGAUCAAGGAGGGGGGAUACAAAAGCGCAGUGUAACCGUCUAGAUGCAAUCGGGUCGUGGUCGCAUGUUCCGGUGAGCGUGUAUAUUCGUGUGUGUGCCGAAGGCGUCCCGGGCAGCGCAGCGAGAUAUACCCUCAUAAUUUCCUUGGCUUGCGACUCUUUUUGACGAAGAGAUAUGUGCGUAGGAAGCGCAAUGCAACGUUUGCUCGAGGGAUAUGGAGAUGUUGACCGCACGCCAGUGGACAAAUGAGCGGUUCGCUGAAUGCUCGAGGAAAGAUGGAAACGUUUCGUGACUGAUGACGCUCAUACUUCUGAGAAAGGAUGAUG